AGUGCAGUGUAGUCAGAGUAGAGUACAACAUGUGCAUAUGCACGCGAUGGGCGAAUGUUUACAUCGGCUCAGCUUGCUCACUCUACAAGCGAUCUGAUUGGCUGUUGACGGCUGUUGACAAAUCCUACGUUCUAAUGCGGACGCCCGCUAAUUUGCGGAAGAACCGUCCGUGAUUUGAGCUCAAGAUCGCUUGGGCCUCUGUUUCCAUGGAAGUUGGCAAUUUUUGCACACGACCCUUACGUUCUACGUCGUACGACGCUGGGCGAAAACCAGCUACUAUCUUAUUUUGAGGGAUAUUAAUUUUAUCCACUUCUGCGUUCACGUAUAUUGAAGCUCCCGAAAUUCUGCAUUUUUAAGAGCGCCCUCUUUCGUUUCAAUUAAGAAAGCAAUUAGCAGUGCAGCAGUUCGCGUAUCGAUGGUGAAGGGAAGCCAUACGCCCGGCCUGGCAGAUGUUUGUCAACAUUAUUUUAUCUAUUUCUCCCGUUCCUCAACCAGGAUGAUUGAUAUUUAUGUUUGGUAAUUUUGCAUGGGAAUCUGAUGUCAUGAUAUCUCCAAUAAUCCAAGGUCUAAAAAAUGGACGAUCUUGCAUGGAGAACAGAAGAUAAUUGAAUGAGAUCCAAUUUGAAAGAAAGGGAGAAAAGGACAUCCGGAUUGCUGUCUUCAAAGUACUACCAGUUAGAUAUAAUUGAUUCACUGGAAAGGAUAAAAAAGUGUCUCUUAAUGCCCAGUUCAUCCACUUUGCUUCCUGUCUGUAAUGGAAUAAGUUGGAAAGGAAACGACUACAAGAAUUAUGAAUAUUGUACUUAACUUGACCCACGCCCAUUGGAAAUGUAAUCAUAGUCUGGACUUAUCAGCAUAAUUUAUGAGGUUUAGUGCGGGUCAGUGUCCAGUUCGAGAUGGCAAGUGAAUUUGUAGCAUGAGUAAGACUACAAUACCAUCACCCCAUUCAGAGUGAUUCUUAAUCAAAUUUAGAUAACCCCUGCUGACGGAGGCUAAAUUGUGGCGGUGCGGGCACCCAUCGCUUUCCAGCGGAUUCUAUUCAAAUUGGGCUGUCCUCUCAUCCUUGGAAUCCUCGCAAGAAGUUUAUUUGAAUUUCAGCGAUAUGGAAGCAAAGGUCUGAUAUUUAGUGCACGUACAUGUAUGUACCCAACCUGCCUGGAAUACCCUACAUGUAUCCAAUUUAUCUCCUAUUGCAUGAGGAUUUUUUAAAAGAUGAAUAGGCCACGGAGUGCUCAAUAAAACGUUGCAUUGCUCCAUAAACCGGAAAUAUCUACAUCUCACGUUGGAGAUCAGCAAUUUGUGUUUCAUCAAUUUGUGCUCGAAAAGGAUUGUGUUUUGAGAUGGGACAAGCCUGGCUAUGAUGGGAUGAGAGAUGUGCAUUGCUACUAAACUGAGCUCUCUCUCUCUCUCCUCACUUCAGCUAAUGGGUGCUGUGGAGCGUUUGAUUAGAGAGAUGUAACAAUGUGCGGAGAAGGCUGUGAUUACCGAUGAAUGAUGACAGCAUAUCUUGACGAUUCAAUCCCAAGGGAACGCAGCUAUUGCCGUGCAUGACAUCAUCCGAAGAAAGCAAUACUUUAAUCGUCAGAUGAAAAUCUUUGGUACCCUAGUGAUUACCCGUAGAAAUUAGCCAUUAAUGCAAUGCACUUGCAUAAUUCAGAUUUGUACACGUAUGGUGAACUAAGCAAUGCAUAAAUUUGCAUUUCAGGAUUUUUAUCAAUAAACUUGCUGCAAUUGCAAGAGGAUGCAUCAUACAAAUAAUAUUUACUGAAAUGACUAUUUAUCUUGGCCGAUGAUUAGAUGCUCGUUAUGGAUCCUGAUGGUGCUAGAGAUAACUUCCUCACCCGUCUCAACAAAUCCCUUGAAGUUGGGUGGCAGUGUAAACUCAACCAAGAUGGUCGUCUCUACUAUUUGAAUCACAACAAUGAAACAUCACAUUGGAUUCCCCCUCGUUCUAAUUGGUGUCAGGUUGGGGAUCUCCCGUAUGGAUGGGAGAGCGCUCGUGAUAAGAAUGGAAAAGAAUAUUACGUCAAUCACAGGACAUGCAUAACAACAAGAGAAGACCCUUUUGACCUGGAGGAAGCGCCCCCUGAACAGAGGGAUGUGGUCCUGGUCAGGGAUGCCGCCCUGGGGUUCGGUUUCAUCGCGGGCAGCGAGAGGCCGGUCGUCAUACGAUCCGUCACCGAAGGUGGACCCUCAAUUGGUAAACUGCUUCCUGGUGAUGAGAUACUGAAAGUGAAUGGAGAGGAUGUUAAGAACAGUGAUCGUCAGUACAUCAUUGAUAAGAUCAGAUACUCAACGGAUGAAAUUGCUCUUUCUGUUAUUCAGCCCUACAUCGACAAAACGGGCCUGAAGUCAUCGUUCCUGAGCGCUACCAAGAAGCAGAAGCUGAAAGCCAAGCCCCCUCGUGUACGAUUUGCUGACAAUGUCAACACGUUUCCUUCCAGUACGCCAAAGAUGCCGCCCAGUCUGGUGUACUUACCAAAUGUCCUCAAGGUGUACCUAGAGAAUGGCCAAACCAAAUCGUUCAAGUAUGAUGACUCCACGACUGUUAAGGAGGUGCUGGUCAAUCUGAAGGAGAAGCUGGGACUCAAAAGCCUGGAAUACUUCUCAUUGGUCGUCGAGGAUGUGCGAGUUUUGUCACAACAUAAAUUCAUUAUCCUUCAAGAACAUGAGGCCCUCAGACAGAUUGCAGAGAGACCGGGUAGUCAGAACUGGAAGUGCCACCUCAGGAUAACCUACAUUCCUUGUGAUGCCUAUGAUCUGCUCAAUGAAGAUACCCAGGCCUUUGAAUACUUCUACCAGCAGUGCUGCAAUGAUGUCAUUGAGGAGAGGUAUUCCUCAGAGAUGAAACCAGAGAUGGCGAUGCGGCUAGCUUCCCUUCAUAUUCACCAGCAUUACUUAGCCAGCAAGCAAUCCACCAAAGUCAAUCUCAAAGUCAUUGAGAAAGAAGACGGCCUUGAUAUAUUUCUACCCAGGAACAUUCUAUCUCAAUGGAAAGCCAAAGAACUCAGGAAGAUGAUCUCACAGUACAUGAAGCAGAACCAAAACCUAACUGCCCCGGGACAGAAGCAUCUGACGGAAUUGCAGGCCAAACUACACUACCUCAAGAUCUUUGGAACUCUUAAAUCAGUCGGGACCAGGACAUUCCACACAACUUUACUGGAUUUUCCUGAUAUAAACCAGCAGUCCGAUGCUACCGUGAUCAUAGGACCGCACUGUGACAUCAGCCUGCUGGCGAAGACCGGUGAUCGGGCCCCGGUCCUGGAAUUCAAUCAAGUGACCCGGAUUCUUCUGACCGUGGAGUGCGGGACCGAGGAAGGGGUUCACAGACUGGAGCUGCAUCAGAAAAGUGGACAGCCUAUUGUGUUCCUGAUGCCAAGCGAAGAUGCCCAACAGAUGGCAUCCUUUAUCAACGGCUACUAUAGGCUAUUGGUGAACAGGAAUAGAACCCUGCUGACAGAAACUAGUAUAUGGCUGCCCCCUGCAAAAGCAGAAGCUCCUCCAUACUAUGGGAAACACCACGUAUCUAUCGCCAGAUGGAACUACCCUGAUGACAUUGUGUCAGAGGUCGUAACGGAAGAGACCGAUAACGUUGAUUCAUCUGAGUUUGAGAAGGCACCGAAGAGAAGGAAAACGAAAGAAGGGGAGCAGUGGGUUGACCUUUCAGCAGGACCCCCUGCAUAUGAAGCUGAUCCAAACUAUAAUAGAAACUUGACCAAGAGUGAUCGACUUCAAAACAUACCUGAAUCUGCAGAGGAACAUGAUAAUGAUGAAAAUGCUGGUGAAACUGUUCAUGCGGAAGAUGAGACAGAUACGGCAGAGCCUGAGGUAUCGCCAUCCGCGCUGGACGACUCCUCUCCUCUUUCAGAAGACAGCCAGUUCUCUGAGGAGAAGGCCGACAGCGAAAAAGAGGAGGAGAUUCUGUCCCUCUUGAGUAGUGGAACCUCAAGUCCCGAGAGUGAUGGUAGCCUCUCUAUCUCUAGUGGUGCUUCUGCAAUUGACAGUAACAGGAAAAAUGAAACAAAACCAAAAAAGUUUGGGAAUGCCAAGAAGAGAGACAGGUCGCUCACAGAAGGAAUCAGUAAAAAGAUCUUUAGAUCGAUCACCGGCAUGAAGUUCAAUGUGAAAGACACUGUGGCAUCCAAUGACUCUGAAAAUGUAACUGCCACUGAAGUGAAAUUUAUUAGCUCAUCUCCUAGCCCGGAUAGAAGUCUGGAAAGUGAAAGCGAUUCAUUGCAUUCUGUUGAAGAUAAUCCUAUGAUGGAAGAAGGUAACGAGGAAAGGCCAAACUCCAGAUUAAGAGCAAGGGAUUCCAUUUUGAUACAGCACCGGAAGAUUAGUCCCAGGUUGCAAAGACGUAGGGAUAGUGAAGAUAGUCAAGGGUCUUCUGAGGACACAGUGGAUCACUCUAAGAGCUUUGACAGUGACAUUAUUGAUUUGACAAACAUUGGCGAUUUUGAUUUUGAUUCAGACCUUUCACCCUCAAAGAGUUAUGAUGCCUAUGAAGAUGUCUUUUUGGAUGAUGUGGACUCAAGUGGAGUCCAUAAAGUGGAGUUCCACGUCGGUUCUGAGGCUGAUGAUAUAUCUCCUAGUGUUGAAGAUGACAGUGACUUGCUACCCUUGGGAAAUGAAAGCGAUGUCGAACUGGACUUACCAGGAUUCAAUGAUGAUGAUGGUGAUGAAGUUGAGAAGGAAGGGAGUGAGAUGGAUGAUCAGAGAGCAGAUAAGCAGGAAGAGGAGGGAGAUGAUGAAGAUGAUAUACCAGUAUCAGUCAUAGAUACAAGCUCUCCAGAAUCUUUGUUAACAUCACCAAUGGAAACCUCUGAUGAAGCACAUGGCAUGCAGAUAGCAGCCCUGGUGGCACUAAAUGCCAGUCUUGAAGAACCUAAGGAGUCGCUCCAAGCAUCGGCAAGGAGUCCUGAUAACGAAUGCGAGUCAGACUCUGGAAAUGAGACGAUUUCUUCGGAGAUUGACACAAAUAAUACAGAGCAUGCCAGCAUUUUCCAGUCACCUAGAGACUAUGCACCAUUUGAUACUCCAUCAAGUUUGAAUCAUUCAGUAGUUUUAGUGGAGCCUGAAUUGAACAGUACUAUUUCCCUCAAGGAUGAGGAGACCCAUGAGCAGUACGGUUGUGCAGCGGGCUGUGCAACUAGCUCAGAUACUGAAAGUACUUCGACCCUGCACGGUAGCAGUCCAAACCUUAGUGCUAUUGAUGUUCAUUUGGGAGAGGACAGGGCCCCUUCAGUACAGCAUCAGAGCAUUGAUGAUGUCCUCCCUUCACUUGCAGCAACGGAAACAAGUGCAGGGAUAGGGGGCUAUGUGGACGACAUUGAGGCGCUCAUCGCUACUUUAGUUGUGCAACCUCCCCCGCUUAUGGAUAGUGGAGAGAUUGAUGAAGAACUUCUUCAGGCUAUCCUCCCACCUCCACCAUUAGAAGGGUUCGAUGAAGGUACUAUAGAUAAUGUGUUACCAAAGAUGAGUCUGGGAGACAGUAUUGAUGAAGGUGACAAGAGCAAGAUAGACAUGCUCACAGACAAGUCAAAUGAAGGUGUUGCUCAAGAAGUAGAAGCCCCCGGGGAACUCGCAACUUUACUGGGUUUGUUAAAAAUGCCUUCAUCAGAUGAACAGGAUGCACCAGAAGUACUUGAUACCAGUGUUCAAUCCAACGCAGAGAUAAACCUGAGCUUAUCACUUCCUGAUUUGAAAGACUCUGAACAAAUAGAGGAAGGGGAUAUUGUCCUUCCAAGCAAUGGAUAUGAUAAUGACCAGGACAAAGGCCUUGAGUCAGAUAUAGGAGACCUUGAGGAAGAAGCUGGUCUUAAAGAACUCUUAGAGCUCACCUUGUCAAAUGCCUUGAGUGAUAUUCAUCGUACAGAACAAGGCAAGUCUGUUGAAGAAGAGACUCCUGAAGAUCUGACCCAUUUGGAAUUCGAUAAUGGUGAGGAUUUAACGAAUGAGAUUGGGAACUGUAAUGAAGCCGAAGAAAGUGAAGAUGAUGUUACUCCAAGGCUUGCUUGCUCAAGUCUAGAUCAUGCUGGAAGUGAUGAGGAUGAAGAGGUUCAAUAUGAUAGUUACGGGUGUUUGAGAGGCCAUGGUUCUCCAGAGCACAAGGUUGCAAGCAUCCUAGAUGCUAUAAUUUCCAACGGCAUAUCUCCAAGUGCAUCAAGCUCAUCAAACCUAUCGACCCCUAGUUAUGACAGACCGUUGAAUUCUCCUCUCGACUUGGACUCAAAGCCUCGCGGUAUUCAACAGAGCAAGCUGCAGGGGAGUGUGGACAGUGGAUUCCACCAGCCAGACCAAGACCAGAUUUCAGUGACCUCCCCAUCUGAAACAUCUUUAGCUGGUGUAGAAAACCAUUUCUCUGGAGUCUUAGAUGCUCAAAGUACAGCCAAUGUUAACACAGGAAAUGGGCCUGAAGUUCAGGCAUGCCUAGAAAGUAUUAUAUCAAUGGUGGAUGAAAGUGAACCACAGAAGCCUGCAGUCAGACCAAAGAUAAUGGGUGGCAAGCCGAGUGUACCUCCCAAACCGCCUAAACCUGCAAGGCCCAAGGAUCUUCAACUCAAGCUGAAGAAUCCUGCUCCUCAGCCACCCCAGCCACCUCCUCGGAGGCGGUACAAAGCUCCAAGUAUUGCAGCCAAAGCUUCCAGGUUUGAAAGCACCAAUAUAUAUACAUCUCAUGUGAAAAGGAGUCCUGAAAGAUUUGCCACUCUCCCAAAGUCCUUCGCCAUUCCACCAGAAACAAACGUUGAUAUUGAUCAUUCUGUACAACCAGAUGUGACAAGACUUCAAUCUGAUGGCGACACUUGUAAUGUUGAAGUCAAUGGGGAUGUGCCAGAAAUCCAGAAGAGUGGCAAACCUGUGACACGCAGUCAUACUUUUUCAGAGUCUUCUCCGACAAAGGAUUCUGGUAAACUGGUUCCACAUCGAAAAGCCCCUCCGGCUCCCCUACCCAAACCAAAGAUAACUGCAACUGCAUCAACUGCUACUUCGGAGAAAUCUUCUCCCCGAUUUUCCAAAAGGAGUUCAUCUGCAACUAACUCACCAUCAUUAAACAAGAGGCAGUCUUUCACAGGUUCAUUGUCUAAAUUAUUUACACCAAAUAAAAGUAAAACCUGGGGGCAGUUCAAAGAUGCACUCCCAUUCAAGCAAGGUUCAUUCAAGGGAAAUUCCGGCAGUAGUCGCUCCAAAUCAAAGUCUAGGAAACCACUGAAGGCUCUUUGGCCAUCAGCUACAUGUGACAACCCAGGGGAUAUUGGUAAUACGAUGAAGGAAGUGUCAGAUAAUGAUAGCAACACAGAGAAAGUUGGUCGGGGCAUCUUUCAGAGGUCUGAGUCAGUGGAGUUCUGCACAAAACCAGAUUACAGCUUGGAAGUACGAGCCAGGUCUUUCUCAAUGAACAUGAUGAAAAGCAAUAGCGAGGAUUCAACUUCGGAGUCUGAUAUGGAAACUCCAAAGGGAUCGCCUGACCUCAGACAGGGUGGUACCCUAAAGGGACGUCCAUCAUCUUUGAUAAGCCUGACUGACAGCUACCCUCCACCUUUCUACCAUCCCAGGAGACCGCCUCCACCUAGACCCUCCAAUCCUCCCGUCCUCAAGGCAGCAAGUCUGAGCAAACUUUCAACCAAAAUGUACAUCCAGACUGGACCGAUCUCACCAAUACCAGCUUCCUCUCCUGUUACAUCCCCCGAGCCUGUACCGAGUCCUGAUAGCUGCUGUGAUACAGACACUGAAGUCUCGUCUCCAACACCACCUCCCCUGCCAAUGACAAACCCUCCAGACUUCCCCAAAGCGGAAGAGAACAGUUCAGACGUUGAUAAUCAGUACUGCAAUGGGAAUAACAAUGAGAACUUUAUAAUGGAUAUCGAAAGCAGAGACUACUCUGGGGAACUGGCCAUCAGCCGGGCCAUUCAGGACAUUGAACUUCUUGCUGAUGACAUGAGGGACAGCAUCUCCAGAGUGGAGUGUCAGCCAAAUGCACGGCAGUUCCGACAGUCAAAGGACAGCCUGUUGUCAGAGGUGCGGGAGUUCACCAGCAACACCAAAAUGGUGGUGAGUGCAGCAGGUCAGCCGGGACAGCAGCUCAAGGACUGUACCAACAGCAGCAUGCACACCUUGGCUAGGCUAUGCUCCGCUACUCAGGCCUCCAUGGACGUGAUGUCUUCGCCUUCCCAAGCAAAGAACCUUGGCAAAAAGGUGGAAGACGUGGCCAGGAAUUUUGCCGCUACCCUUGCAGCAGCCAGCGAGGCUCAUGGGAAGCCUCUGAGUGAUCCCAGGAUGCAACAGCUGCUCCGAAAAGCCCAGACGAUGGCCGCUCUGCUAUCCGCCCUCAUGAGAAGUCUGCGAAUGCUUCAACACUGACAGCAGCACAAGUGGGGGAGUGUUUUCAUGAAAAGUUUGUCAGUGAUUUUCACCGACUAAUUUGCUCUUAGCCAAUCAGAUUCAAGGAUUUGCAGUAGAUUUUUCCAUGAAAUGCUCCCCCCCCCUCCCCCCCCCCGAUGUUGUUGGAAAUCUCUGUUGCAUCAUGGACCUAUUAUCCAUGGUGGCAUCAAAAUUUAAUUCUGUAUAAUCUCCCAUGUCUGAUAAUUUCAUUUGUCCUAGAAAAGUUGGAUUAUAAAAGAUUAUCAUCCAACAUUUCUAUUUUUAAAGAGAAUGGUUUUUAUGAGCAGUUGUUCUUUGAGAAAGGUGCUGUUUCUUUUAUUUCGUUUUUUUUUUUUCACCCUUAACAUUUCUUUCUUUUAAAAGAAAAUCUGUAUUCACAUUACUGAGUCACUUUUAUUCAGAUUAUUAUUUGGAUGCAGAUUAAUUUUGAUAUUAUGAGUCCUAUUCUUACAAAUGUGUUUUAAAGUAGAUGGUCUUUUAAAGAAAUGGUCUUUAUGAACAGCUGUUCUUUCAAAAUUGGUGCUUUUGCCUCUUAUUUCUGAUUGCAUUUUUUUUUUACUUCACAGUGUAUCUUUCUUUUAAAAGAAAUUCCUUUUUCAGAAUACUACGUCACUGUUAUUCAGUAUAUGAUUUGGGUGCUGGCUUUUGUUUUUUUAUAACUAUUAUCUUUUAGAUCAUGUUUUACAAUAACUUCAAGUUAAUGAUCUUCUUGGUCAUUGGCUGUUUAUUCAGUCACAAAACAUUGUGUACAGAAAUAGAUUUAGAGUUUUUAUUUUUGACGUGUAAGGUUUGUGUAGAUAAAGGAUAAAACAUAUUUUGAAUAUCGAGAAAAAUCAUUGAGAUUCCUAGUAAACAGUUACCCAGCGCUGGACGCUUUUCAAGCAUACUUCAAUUCCGAUUUGCACGAUUCAAGUUAGCAUUUCUUAUUUGUUGAGCAAAUAAGACCUAGACAUGGCGUCCCCUAUACGAGGCAAGAUAUUCUAUCAUUGUUUAGUGAUCAGCCUCAACAGGGCAAGCACUCGUAUGGGACGUAUGACAUUGUCCCAUGUAUUUAUUUUCUCGUAAGUUGACUGGCAGGUUUUACUUGUUUAGUCUACUCUGCAGCCACCUCUUAAGAGUGAUAGAGGCUGGGUAGAAUGGUUAAGCUUGAUAGGGUAAUUUAUUGUCACUGGAAGUUCAUGAUUUGAAAUGGAUUUGGAAUGCAAAGGCAUUACCAGUGAAAUCUUUGCGAUAAUGGUUACAAACACCCUUAUUUUCAGAUGAAAAAUGAAAGGUCACAAGAAAGGAUAAGUUAAAAUACUUAAGUUUAGUAAAAGGAAAUCCAGUGUCCGGGGUAAUAAUAUAUCUGUAGAGUGCUUAGAAACUUUUUUUCCAAUGUGAUAAGUGCUAUGUAAAAACUGAAAAUUCUUUUCAUUAUCAUUAAUAUAGUAGAAACGUAAAUAUAAAAACAAUCAUGUUUACAAUUAGAAUGCUUUCAAAUGAUUAAGUAUAUUGCAGUCAAGGCAGCAUACACUAAUGCCCUUUGACCUCUGACCUGGUAUCAGUGGUUUAGAAUCACUAAUGAUGGUCGUGAGGUAGAGAUGUUUCCUACUGAAUAUUAGGUCAUUGGUUCAAUACUGCGAUGGUGCGCUGACCGAUAUCGAAACGCCUUAGAAAAGGAAUGUUUACAAUUUAGAAUAGUUUCAAAUAAUUAUAUUUAUUGAGAUCCAGACGGCAUAGGUUUGCGCCCUCACCUGUACGGAAAAGAAACUCGGUGUCAGAGCAACGUUUUGUCUACAUUCAUGAUGGAUGAAACAAAAUUGCUCGUAAAUUAAGUCACUUCUUGAAAAUGCUGCUUUGGUAAUAUGUUGCAUCAAGACGAUAAAUUUGGCAAAUAGGUUUUUAAUCAAAUUUAGAUAAAAAGAUUAGUCAGAAGAAGCCAUUGUUCUCCUAUUUUUCCUAUUGUCAUGUGUCAUGUGCUGGAUUUUUCAUAACUGUUGAAGAAAAAAUCACAUUUUUUUUCUCACAAGAUAUUUAUUUCAUUAUAAUGGGUCAACAUGCAGACAUAUCAAUAUCAUAGUGAUAAUUCUAACAUUUCAAAUAAGUCAUAAUGUUUUUCUAUCAACUUAAAAAAAAUAGACAGUAUAUCAUAUAAAUAGGAGAAAUUGUAGCUAGACAUAUCUUUCAUUCAAGUUACAGAUCGCACUUUAUUUGUGUACCUUGACUUUCAUUCUUGUUUUGUUGCAUGCAUUCUUUGAUGUGAUAAAUUUAUUCCUUCAAAAUUUCUAUGUGGCAUUUUCACCUUGGAAAAUUAUUUUCUCUCUUCAAAGUUCAGCACCUUGGAUACUGUAUUUAUCAUCAAUGUGUGUUUUUUUUUGCCCCCCAUAUUUGCAUGCCUUCAUUUCAGAAAUCAUAAGACACAUAAUAUAGUUCAUUGUUAGUUUUAUUUGAAUUUAUUAGUUCUCAUUAAAUAUAUUGAAUUUUAUUAUGUAACAUAUUGCAGAGCCAAAGCCUUACUUUAUUUGAAUUCCCUGUGAAUAUGUUUUUGAUUGAUUUUUACCCAAUAGGCUGCGAGUUAUUUGCUUCUAGGCUGCUUUUCAAACACUUACGUGCAAGAUUUCCUAUGUACAUUUACCCAUAAAAAGUGCAAGUCUUUUUCUAUUUAUUUCUAGAAAUGUAGAGCUUAUUUUUAUAUGUUAAUUUCUCUUUUUAUAAUCAUCUUUUCAGAUUGUUUAGAAUGAUCUGGAUGUUUGUGAUUAGCAAGCGCAUACCAAAUUAUUUAAAGGGGAAACUUACCCUGGCAAGACUAUUCAUUAUGAGGUUCAGAUGGUUUUCAAAAAAUAAUGUAAGCUUUAAGUGUGCACAAAUGUUAUGUUUCUUACAAAAUACAGAAUUUGGAAUCAUCAUGAACAUGCAUUUUUUUAUCAAAACCAAAACUGAACAAGUUUUGCAUAUGUACAUGCAUUUCUAUUCAAAAUCAAAAUGGAAUAGUUUUGCAUACAAAUGUAAUAUAUUGAAGCCAUGGUCACAUCAUUCAUUACUCUGUAAAAGAGAUGCAUUCAGCCAUGUCAUUUAUUUAUGUUUUCAGGGGUGCUAGUUUUGGUGAGUGUUUUUACAGCAUUUGUUUAAUUUUUAAUGCAUGAUCAUGUAUUACAUUACUACUAAAUAAUGUGUGAUUACAGAGUUUUGAAAUGUAACUGACCAAAUCUGGCCAAAUUGACCCAUUCUUGUAUGAAAUACCAUGAAUUCAAAAUGACCGAAUGAAAUAAAAGAUUAAUAAGAGUGAGUACUUUUUUUCUUUUAGAUAGGGUUGUUAUAUACUCCUAGCUUUAUAGUUUUAUCUUGGUGUUACUGGUUUAUGAUUUGAAAAAUACACUUUGAAUUAUGUACAAUGACUUCAGUUGCAACUUUUAUUUUGAACGAUAUUAUGUUUUAGUCCUAACGGCUGAAACAAAGCAUGGUUUGGCUUGCUCAAAUGCAAUAUUCUUUUUUUAUUAUCUUAAAAUAUUUUGGUGGAUCAGCAAAUGAAUUUCCUCAAUUUUUGUAAAAUCCUCCAUUUGGGGGAUGUCUGCUAUUAUUUAGAUUUCUGUAAAUUGGAAUAUUGAAUAUCAGAGAUGAGUCGUAAAUAUGAAUUUCAGUUAUUGUACAAAUCAAAUAUUAUGCCUGUAUAAAUUUGCUGUGAUAUGUUAAUGUUGUGUUUGCUCAAAUUGUAUUCUGUAUUUAGAUUUGCAUUGUGUCUUAUCUGUAAAUUUUGUUUGAGUGUAUCCAGCAAAAGGCUGAAAUUUUUUGUUCUGUUAAUGAUAAAGUGAUUAUUAUGUUGUUGGAAUUCAAAAUGAAAUAUUACGUCAAGAUGAAAUAUUGCUGAUAUGGCAUGUGUUGUUGCAUGGGGUAAGGUCACAAAUUUGAUACUUAAUGCAUUGCAAUUGACCUUUCUUUAUAAUUCUCCCCCUCGAGCACAACAUUUAAUUCAGAUUUCAUGGUGCAUUGGGUUAAAUUUAGGUUGAGGUAUGUCAAUACACAUUAGCAUUGGCUUCAGGGUUAAGAAUAAUUCUAUUUUAAGAAAUUAUCCUAGGAGUAUUUUUUAAUACCAGAACAACCAUUUUUUCUGAAUAAAGUCCAAGAAUAUAUACUCUAUUGCCAAUCAUAGGGGGGGGGGGUUAUCAGGGGGAAUGGUGCUCAAAUUUUUACCCCCUAGUUUUGGUCAAAUCCUUUCAAUUUAAACUCCCUAGAUUGUUAUAGAUUGGCAAGUGUGAACAGAUAUGGAGAGUGCCAGAAAGAAGGUCCAGCUUGCCAAAUCGAAAUCCUAUCCAGUCAUUGAUAGUCAGGGCUUAGAUUGUAUUCCAUGCAAUCAAGCUGGCUUGUUGUGUAAAUGUGAAAUCAAAUGCAUUCUGUGUGAAUUCUGCAUAAAUUCUCGUCCGUUGAUAAAAGCUGUAAUUCAUGGAAACUUUGAGAGGCUUUUUGGAUUACAUCAUUAACAUCAAAAUUUAUUCAUGUACAAACAUAUAGACAGAUUUAUCCUUUCAGAUAUGUGAGUGUUGGCAUUUCUGUUGUACUCACAUAUACAUAAAUUAAACCAAAAUGAGAAGAUAAACGACAUUGAUGAAAAUAUCCUUAUAUAAUAUCAUCUCCAUUUACAUUAAUCACUUCCAGUAUUCCUAACACAUCGGCCUGAAAGAAAGAAAAAAGUAAAUUUAUCAUAUAAAUCUAAUAAAUUAAUUAUUUCCCCCUCUGUCUCUUUGCUUUAAUAUAGGCCGUUCUGAUGAGAAGGGGGAUAUUCCAGGGAUAACCCCAUUGCCAUUCCUUUUUUCCACAGAGUAUGCUAGAGUUUCACUCGGAUGGUGUGGUAUCUUUCUUAAAAACAUUCUUUUAGAGCGAAAGCUCAACAUUGUAAAAUGGCAUAGUAGGUGUGUAAAAUAUAUUUUUAUAUGAGAAGGUUCAUGCUGUACAAAUAGUAUGCUAGGUUCCUGGUUAAAACUGUGUGAUACAAUAUAAAUAUCAAGAGAAAUUCAAGUUCUUUUGUGUUCAAAUGGGUCUUUCUUGUACUACUACAUUUAAGCAUUGUAAGCUAUCUUGUGAUAGACAGUGUUUGUAAAUUGCAGAUUAUGUGUGUAUAAGAUACAUGUAUACUUAUUUAAUGUUUUGUUGCUUGUGUGCCUUCGGUAAUAUUGUAUGUAUAGAGGCUAUUCCGUCCAGGGUUUGUGCUGUAACAUUUUUAGACAAAAAAUUGAAGAUAUUCAGAAGGAAUUGUAGUCGGAUUUAGGAGAGUAUUGCAUAAUUUUGUAGCAAAUAGUGUCGUUGUCACAGUGAUCAUGGCUAUUCAGUCUGUCAUCAUGUGGCUACUUGUUUCACUUGUAGAUUAAUUUUGUGUUUGCUAUGAUGAAGAUUUAAUAUGUUGGAGAACAGAGUUUUUAGGCUGUAGAGUAUAGCUAGAAUGAAGUAUUUUCACUUAUGUGUGGUAAUCAAAUGCUCACCAGCUAGCAUAUGUGAUACUGUAAAACUAUAAUGGCCAUUAUUCUUUAUGUCACAUUCCUAUAUGAUACCAUAAAAAUUUGUGUUAAUUAAUAUCCGUAAUUAAGGAAGGAAGUCUGCCACAAGGCAGUUUAAGAUUUGAAACCAAAUUUUGUCGACAUUCCAAGAUCACAUCGAAACUUGCUAUCAUUAAUUCUUACUUUUCAUUUUCAAAAUCAUUAUUGAACAGUUACUAACAAAACUUCUAUGGCUAAGUGUGUUUUUUCCAAAUAUUUUUACAUUUUUAAGCAGUGGUUUUGAUCCUCAAAUUUUGCAAAGCCUGCUAUGAUAUGUAUAUAAUUUAAGCAGAGAAAAUCAUGUUGAAGUAAACAAGUCUUUUUUAUAUAAUAAAUGGUAAAAUCAUCUCAA